AUGGAUUCCGGCCGUUUAUUUGUUGCUUCUGUUAUCUUUGGUUCUAGUACAUGGUUUUCAACAAAUGCUGUCUGGCUUGAAUUACCUAUAUUGACACAACGCCUUCCUGAAGGAUGGUCUUUACCAUCUUUUCUUUCUGCAAUAAUUCAAAUAGCAUGUAUUGGUCCUCUCAUCUACUCAAUAUGUUUUAAAUGUAUAAAAAUACGUUUUUCAUCAGGCAUAUUAAUUACAUUAUUAUUAUUAUUUUGUACUAUGUGUACAUUCUUAACAUCAAUAUAUUGGAGUGAUAAUGUAACAAUUUUUGAAAAAAAAAUUUCUCUUCCUUUAAUGAUUUUAGUUUUUGGAAUGGCAUUAGUAAAUGCUACAUCAAAUGUAUUGUUUAUGCCAUACAUGGCUUCAUUUGAUGCAUCUCUUCUUAAUGCUUUUUUUCUUGGUAUGAGUUUUUCAUCAUUAAUUCCAUCAUUAAUAUCUUUAUCUCAAGGAACAGGGCGAUAUGAAUGUGUAAAAAGUGGAAAUUCUACAAAGUACGGACCGGAAUAUUAUGAUCCAUCUUUUUCAGCAGCAACCUUUUUUCAACUUUCUACAGGAUGGUUAGUAAUUACAAUUAUUGCAUUCCUAUAUCUGGAAAAGAAAUAUAGGGAGAAAAGAAGUUUACCAAUUGAAAGUGAUGAUGAUGAUGAUGAAGGAGAGAUGAAUGAAAUGAGCAAAUUAAAUAGUAAUAUAGAAACACAAGAACCAGAAACUAAGAAAGAUAACACAAGAAAUUUUGUUAUUCAACUUUUUUUAUUAGCAUUUACCUCAGCACAAAAUAAUGCUAUUAUACCAAGUUUGUCAAGUUUUGCUGCUUUACCAUAUUCUCAGACAACAUAUCAUUUAACAUUAGCCCUUUCAAAUAUAUCUGCACCAGUUGCAUGUAUAUUACCUUUUUUUUUAAAUACUAGUUCUUUACCGAUACAUAUAUUUCUUACUAUUAUAUCAACAAUUGCCUGUGGUGUUUUAAUAUUUUUCGCAGCAAAUUCUCCUAAAAUUUUGAUAUCAGUAUUUACGGGAUCGGGAGUAGUAAUAUUUACGUCAAUUAUUGUUUCAGGAUUAUUAUCAUAUCUUCGUAGUGUAAUAACUUCCUCUAUUAGAAAUAGUGUCUCUCCAACUAAUGCUCACAAUAGACUUUUUUGGUCAGGUUGUGUAAUGCAAAUGGGUUCCUUUAUAGCAGCAUUAGUUAUAUUUCCUUUAGUUAAUAUUUUUAAUCUUUUUCAUGCAGCUGUUCCAUGUUCAGAAUGGAAUGUUUAG